UGACAAAAUGGCGGCAUUUUGGGUGAGCUCAUGAAGCGCCAUAAACUUGAUGUUCAUUACUUGUGGAAUCAAUGGUUGUUCUUCUAGAUGUAUUUCCAAGAUCAUGGGUCCUUAUGACAUGUGUUUUGGUAAGGGGAUAAUAAGGGUGUAGUACUUUUUUUAACGAUAAACAAAGAAUGCACAUCCUAGUGAAUUUGAAUCUGUAUUUAAGAUUACUAUAUAUACUCAAUGAUUUCCUGAUCUUACGUGAGAGAAUUAAAUCAUACCAAACUGUAAGAUUUAUUCCAUUCAAAUAAUAUUUUGCUGAUUGUAUUUUUACAGUGCUGGUGUGUUAUAACAGAAGCAAAUGACCAUUGUUCGCGUCCUCUUUCCAGGAUUGUGAGAAACCAGCUGACCGAAGUAUGUCUGAUUUCUUAAAAUGAAUGUUUAUACCUUAAACUCUCUACACUAUUCAUCAAAUCAACAGCAUCUUUUGAGGCCCAGAUACUCCUUUGUUGGGCGUGGGGUUGGGGGACAGUGGGUUGUGGUCUGGGCAAAGAGACAGCUGACACUUCAAACUACUACUUAUAACACCAAAUCAACAGUUGAUGACUCUUAUAAGAUCCUUUUUGGUGAGCCAGUGGGGUGGGGGGGGCGGGUGCAUGUCCCUGUGACUGUAUGAAAAUUGAGAGUGUUUUAUCAUAAUUCUCGCUUACAUGUGUGAUGGAGGAGGCCAUGACUGUGUUACUGAUAUUCCAACUUUUUCUAUUCAUUCCCCCAUUUUAGCCCACCAAAAACCCCUUACAUAUGUACCUCUUCCACCAGGAGUGUUCAGUGCCUCAAAAAAUUGUAUUUCAGCUUGUCGUUUGGGCAAACAGCUCUCACAUUUUGCUCAUCUGAGGCCACUUUUUGCUGGUUUUAGUUAAUGAUUUAGUCAGAGGAUAACUUGCUUGGACCCUCACCCACCAGGUAAGUAAGACUUGCCCAGCAAGAAAAUCUACCUGUCCUGGAUUAGCUGAUAGGUCUUCUUUUGAACCCUGCUUAUGAAACACAGCUAAACCCAGACCCAAAAUGAUUUUUGCUGUUGUCUAAUGCAAAUCAUACUAUAAACAGUCGCUUUAACAAAUACAUUAUAAUUUCUUUCUUAGCAUUUUUACAGUGUAUUUGAGUCCAAGAGUGAAGAGCCUCACAGAAAAUGCCCAUUACACCUGGACAGAGAUUUAUACAGAUUUCAGGAAGGAAAUAAAACCCAGGAUUAUCCUUCAAGAUGGGUCUGCAACUUUUGUGGAAAGGCAUUCCUUUCUGAACAUUACCUUGACAUGCAUUUUGAUAACAGGCACAGUGAUGAACUUGUAAAGGUGAGGAAAGAAACAUUAAGGGCGGAUUAUUAAAAUAGAGUUUAGCCAGUAUAAUUUUACCAAAACUGCAUUCUACGCCGUUUUCAGUUUGCCAAAUGCUUUUAUUGUCAGCAGUUUCAUAAAAGCAUAAAGUGUAGUCUAGAAAUUUUAAAAAGAUGAAUAAUAUCAUUAUUCAUCUUUUCUAAAAUAACCCGUUAAGAAAGAGAUCUGGAGUCCCAAAGAUUCGUUGAACCACGGCCUACAGACUUUGUUUAAAUAACCCACCCCCAAAUAUAGUGACUAACAUCAAGAUUAUUUUCUCCUAACAAUUUCCAUAAAUCAUCAGAAAAUGUUGUGAAAACUAACAAAAUGAACCCCAAAGGGAAAAUGCUUUGAUCUUUUAUCAAAUUCUCCCAGCUAGUCCUUUAAGGAAAUCUAUGAAUAUUAGUCUGGAGAAUUUGUGUGUGGAUAUUGGGGCUUUAAGGGCAGUUAAAAGAGUAGCAUAGAAAAGUGUUGCUGUCCUCAGCGACAAUGAAAUGCUUGGUGAAGACAACCAACAUAGAAUUAUGCUACAUCAUACGUAGAUCUAUAGAAUGAUACUGUUGCUGUUUUGUCUGAGCAGUGCUGACCUGUUUUAUUGUAGUUUCACCUUUCACAGGACCACUUCAACCUUGACCUAAUUUUGAUAGGUAAAAUAACAUUAUUUUCCUUUCUUAGGGCACUACUGUGUGUCUUGCUGAUUUCUGUGACAUCUUCAGAUGUGAAGUGUUUGAAAACCCAAGGAAAGACUUCUUUUGGGAGAAAAAACUCUGCAAGGAAGACAGAUUAACAGCACGCAGGAGGAGAUGUGAGGUAACUGAUUACGGUUUAACUCUGUGUGAACAACAAACUGUUUUGAGCAAAGUGUCCCCAAUAGAUUUACAUGUAUGUCAUUUGGUAAAAUGUACAAAAACUUAAAACUCCAUAAAAGUUUUGAUCAUGGCACUCUGACUGUACAAUAUAAUGAGGAAAAUCCAAGUACCAAAGUUUUUUACCUCAUAUGAUCCACAGGCUCUAAUGCGUAGCUGCCUUCCUCAAGGAAAUCUUUCACUUGAUAAAGAACUUGAAAUUUAUGGUGAGUAAAAAUACUGGGAUAUGAAUGCAAUUUUUUGAUCCUUGCCGUUGUACAUGCAUCACUGAAUUAAAACUUGGGACAGUGGUUCACUUCACUUCACUUCACAUUCUUGUAGUUUUUAGUAUUCUCGUUUUAUUGUAGCCUGACCAAAAAGCCCCAAUAUAUAGAAUCACAAUUUUAGAAUGGCUAAAUUUGUAUCCUAUAUUCAUAUUGCAUCUGAUUGGCUGGUAUCCCUGUGGUGAUAUGCAUGGUUGAGAGGCAUAAAAUGUUGGUGUUCCUCAUCUGGCACAAUAAUGUGAUUAGACUAUUCAGGAAAUGAGCCUGCACUCCUCCCUGUCUCUUGUUGGGGUGGACCUGAGGGUGACAGGCAUGAAUCAAACCUAAAUUGUUGUAGGGUAGUUAAAAACAGAUUUCAUUUUUAAGGUGAGAAUUGUUUGUAACUGUAUUACUAGCCUGAGAAAACAGCUGACAUUUUGCGACGCUGUUGGUGGUUUCCUCAUAAAAUGAUGUCGGAGAAACAAGCACAGAAAUUCCAGAAACACUUCAUCAAUAUUUCAAAAUGCACUCAUUUCUCAGACGUCAUUUCGUCGGGGAGCUAGUGUUGAUGUCGCAAAAUGUCGGUUGUUUUCUCAGGCGACUGUAGUCCUUGUGAAAUGAAUUUUCUAUCAUUUUGUGUAAUUCUAGAGGCAAUUGGGGCUAACACAUGUGCUCUGCUUAAUUGUAAAAACUACUGGAAACCCCCUCAUCAAGAGGUGAGUAAGCACUGAGCUUGUGUAAUAAGCGAGCAUGGGAAUGCUUAUUGAUUGUCCCGCAUUCCCUUCUCUUAUGCUUGCCUGCAUCUCCUCUAAGCCUUUGUUUUCAUUGGUCCUUGUAGCCUCUAUUGUUGGUAGUUUGAUAGGGUCAGGGACUUAUAAAUUAUUGCUUCAGUGGUGACAUCAAGGACAGCCAGUCAGUCCUCACUGCCAAACGUUGCGUCAACGCCUUUUUUUUGUCUUUCAACCAUUGUCAUUAAAAAGUCUUUGUUGGAAGAACCGGGUUUGGGUGGUAAACGGGAUGGAAAAAGGCUGAUUUUACGCAGUAAUAUUCACAUCGUAGUUACAAAGUGCAACGAAAUGGUGUCAUUUAAAUUUUGUCUCCUUGAACGUUUUUUUUUUCUAAGGAAAAUUCAACGCUGAAUUUUGUAUUCCAGAUUGCUGCGUGGAAGAUAAUUCUUUAUGCAGUGAUAACACCGUUUUUCGUCAUGGGACUUAUUGUUUACUACUACGCCAUCUUCGAUCAUUACUUGUAAGUAUAACGUUAUUUCGUGUCCUCGACACGUUUUUCCCCCUAUUAGCUCUACAGUAAUUGAACACACAUGAAACUGAGAAAAAGGAGCAAUCAUAAAUCUUCGAAUGUCCAAUCACUGUUGUUAGAUUGCUCUACUGUUUAGAUCUGUUUACAGACUUUCUCUUUUCUAUUGAGAGGUCACCGAGUGGUAGACUCCCACGCAGACGUUGUUAGGGCUUCGUCACGCCGCGUUCCUUCUCCUCGACGGAAAGAGGAUUGUGAGAGGAGCCAAAAGAACGUCUGCGUAACCGUGGGAGCCUUGCGAGUGGGGUACUAAAAUAAAAAUCCGCGGGCGAUUUAUUGACCGCUAGCGCCAGGGCGUGGAGUUGGGUAAUUGAGAAAAAGACGCUCAUUGUCGCGCUUCUUUCGCCGCUCGCUCGCGCAGUCAUUUAAUUCCUCGCAAAAAAAAAAAGUUUUGAAGAAAUAAUGAGAUUGUUAAUAUCCAGGCCAUCUUCAGGAGAUUUAACAGCUCGACGUUUCCAGCGAAAGCUCUUUUCACAGCAAAUCUAAACGUCUUCUUUUUUAUCAUUGUCUUAACAGAGGAUUAGCUCUGACGAAGGUCUAACGCUCGAAUGGUCAGCUGUUUAAUAACCCUCCAUUCGGUGACCAACUCAAGCCUAUGAGUUUUUGUGACAAAUUGACUUUUUUAUCCAUAUGCACUGUAGUCCUAGACGGUAUCGGUGGAAAAAAAAAUUCUUUCAAAGAACUACACUCAAGCAAGGUAACUUUUACAGUUUUCCUGAGUGCACUUUUUUCUUGUAUUAUCUUAGUGGUGAUUAUCCUACUGACAUAAGCUGGUCGCGCGAGGAAGAAGAGGAAAGCAUCUCAUUGUCGAGACGUUCCAGACGGAGCCCAGAUCUGAGGAAAAGAUACGGGGGACGCCCACUAAUGUAUUAGCAGGAUUUAAACAGAAUUCCCUUGGCAGGAUCGGAACAGUGUUUUGGUGUGAACAUUUUGAAGAGGAUUUCAAGUACCGUCCAAUCUUCAAGGAAGUUAACUGGGCUAUAUUGUUCUCCAAGGGUGAAGUAGGAUUUAUAGUGCAACAAGUGGUGCCUUCAUUAACCGUUCUAGAAAAAAAGGCCGGUUUUCAUCCCCUAGUGCGUGCUCUCCGGUUUGAGGCGGAGCGGG